GAUUAGAUACAUACUGGGUCCAGGUCCUGAGCCACAACGUUCUCUUAGCUUAACUAGUUGUGGUGGUAAUAACACCUUUACCAGAAUAAUAGACUCGAUUGCAGGAAUAACGAAUUCAGAGUGAAAUGGGAGUUAAGUUAUCUAAAUUUAGUAUGUGAGGGAGGGAGGCAGUAGUGAAAGAAGACAAACAUGGCGGACAGGAGGAGACGGAGGAAACUUACCUCAGGUGAAGACUCUGAUGAGUCAGAAGAUGAUCCUACUGCCCCUCGCAAGUCACUCAUUGGUAGCGAUGGAGGUGAGAGUGAAUAUGAAAGUGCUGAUGAGGAAGAGCUUGGAGAAGAGGAGGAGGAGGAAGAUGACGAGCUCAUUAUCAUGCCAGAUGGGAUAGGAUUAGGAGAGGACAACAAACAGCUGGACGAUGAUGAAGACCGAAAAAACCCACAAUAUAUCCCAAAGAAAGGAACAUUCUAUGAGCACGAUGACCGAACUGCUGCUGAAGAUGAUGUAGAGAAACCGGUCGAGGAGCCAAUAGUGAAAAAAGAAACUGGUAAAAAGAAAGUUUGGAAAGAGGAUGAUAAGUGGAACCACGAUAAGUUUAAUGAAUUUGAUCAAGCUCCCAAGAGCCGAGAAGAAUUAGUCGCCGUGUAUGGUUAUGAUAUCCGAAAUGAAGAAGGUCCUCCCAGAGCUCGCCGUAGAAGACGUUAUGGACGUGGCCCUAACAAAUACACUCGCAAUUGGGAAGAUCUGGAUGCUUAUGCAAAACCUGUCCGUGGAGCUAUACGUGGUGGUCCUGGAAGAGGAGGAUCCAGGUCCUUGACUGGCAGCCGAAAAACUCUUGAUAAUGAUGAAGAAUUCCCGGCACUGAAUUCUUCACAGUACAAAAAACAUGAAGAUGACAAAUAUAUCGAAGAAUGUAGCAAGUUUGAAUCUCAUUCUCCACGUGAAGAGCCACUAGGAACAAUUAUGGACAAUUUGCAUGCAGGGGAAAAUGAAAAUUAUAAACAGCAGCCUGUAGCACCACUGGCUUCACAGCAACAGCAGCAGUCACCACCACCACAGCAUCAACAUCAGCAACAACAGCAGCUACAAAAGAAUGCUGGCCCAAGUCCACAGCCUCAAGAUGUACGUGCUGAUGGUUAUGGUGGCCGUGGCAGAGGGAGUAGGGGUCGUGGCAGAGGAUCAGCUCGAGGUCAUAAUCGAGAACGAGAGCAAUAUAGAUAUAAUGAGGAACGAGGGAGCCACAAUUAUCAAGACAAUAGGUCUAGUGGCCGUGGUAAUCGUGGUGGACAUCAACAGCGUUUACCUCAACAGCACAAUUCACAUGCAAGCAGAGAUGUGGAAGAGAUAACAGCAGAGUUGAAAAACAUUAGUGUUAAUUCACAAAAUAGAGAAGAGCCAUUCAGGAAUAAAAGUCGUGGUGGGGGAGGAAAUGUGGAUAACCGACGCAGCUCAGUACCUCCACGACUCCAGGAAUCGGUGGCUGCCGCAGCUAAUAUGCAAGGUCGAGGAAACCGAGGUGGCAAUGCAUCUCCUGGUGGAGAUGGGUCAUCCUCUCGACCAAAGCGAUAUUCAUCUCAGAGACAACGCUCUAUCCCUGAGCAACAGGUUCCACCUUUCCCACAGCAACAUGGUUAUAUGGAUCCGGCUGUAGAUACGAACUAUCAGGGAGGUGUGAAUGAUGGAGGAAUUGUAACUUCACCAGGCCACACAGUGACAGCUCCUCAUACCCAGCAUCCAUUGGCUGGUGGUGCUCCUCCUUCGUUUGUUCCUCCAGCCUUUACUACGUCACCUCCAACAUUUCCACCAGAACCUUUCUUAGGACGGCCCCCAGCCCCUCGGCUCUUCCCACCAGUCACGCAGUCACCACACAUCUUUGGUCCUCCAGUGGCGCCACCACCUGUACCUGGACCACCUGUUGGUGGUCCUCCUCCAGUGGCAGGUCCUUUGGGUGCUCCUCCAGUGGGUGCACCCCCUGUCCCUGGUCCUCCAGUUACUGGCCCACCAUUCUUACCUCCUGAGAACAUGAUUAAUUAUGGUGCACAUCCCGGUCCUCACCCUGGAUCUCUCCCAGGAGCUGCUCCUCACCCACCUCAGUUCCCACCAUUCCAGGGUUACACUCCUGGUCCUGUGUCACAGCCUGGGGAGAUCUAUAGUAACGGGGUGACGUACUACAACACAGAAAGCCAACAGCACCUGCCUAGAAGUAUCCCACCAUUACAGAAGAGACCUAAGGCAGCAAUCCCAAUAGUGCCGCCUCCUGAGCGGGAAGAUAAAAAAGGAGUGUGUGUUGCACAAGAUGAAACUUCAGCACCAGUUGGGCUGGAAAGUGGAUCACAAGAUCAGGAGCACUUCAGUUGCCCUAGUAAUGGUGAAAUUUCACUUCAAAAUGAUCAAAAGGAUGAACAAAAUGAGCCUAGAGUCAGUAUAUGUCAGUCCCAACCAGAAACUUUAGAGCAGGCAUGCAAAGAAGUUUUACAGAAAGAUCUAGCUUCCUGUGAUACUCACAUACAGUAUGACAUUAAUAGAGAAACUUCCUCAGAUGUAGUUUCUGUCCAAGUUGAUUCAUCUGAAAGCAAUAUAAAGUCAUCUAAGGAACUAUCAUCACAACCACAACCAUUUGAGUCUUUACCGUCUGAGCAAAAUUUAGAAAGUAAUAAAGUACUAACAUCUGGUCAGGUAUCAGAAACACCAGACACAGCAGUAGCAGCUUCAUAAUAAUUUUUUCCUCCAUUUUAAUGUUCCCAUUUUUAGGACUGGAAGAUAUUUAUUGGUGACUAAACAUAUUUUUGCCGAAGGGGAAGGGGGUCUCCAGUCAUUUUAAAUCUUAUAUUUCUGUAUUCUCUUAAUUGUAGACAAAUUGCUUUUCACUGCAUUUUAUAUCACACAGCUUUCUGAAAUAUUUAGUUUAAUUUGGCAAUUGUUGCAUUUAUUAUAUGCAUAAUGUUAGAGGCAUAAUCUGUAUCAGUGAAGAUAGAUCCUCACAUGCUCUGGUAGCUGGGUCUUUUUCAUUAUCAAAAAUAUAUACAUACAAUUAAAGAGAUGUUUUAAAUAUUUUUGUGCAGCCUUUUCAUUUUUUGGAUUAUAAAAGUGUCCCUUUAUAUUAAUAUGUUAGUAGAUGGGAAUAUGUUGUUGAAUGGCAAGACUCUUUUUAGCUGUAUGCAUUGAAUACAUGAGUGACAAGACUUCAGUGGACUAAGGUAAGCAUAAUUCAAAGUACUUAAGGCAGUUCAGUCUAUUAUCACUUCAAGAUUUAAAUAUAUUUGAAAGUCAUUUUUUGAAAUUAAACUAAAGGGGAAAAUCUUGAAAUAUGUAUUUAAUGCAGGAAUUUAAACUUGUUUUCGAAUAAUGUCUGUUGUUUAUCCUGGCCAGGUGAGAGCAUUUAUAUAAAUUUUUGUAAGGGGUAUGGAAGAAUAGAAACAUUUAUUCAGUUAUGGCAUGUGCAUUAUUUUUUUACAUUGAGCUUAAAGGCAACAUUGAAAAUUUCUCUCAAAAUAGUCUUGCAUAUUAAAUAAUGAAAACCUCAGAUGUUUAUAAUUGGAUUAUAUUUUAUUUGUUUAGAUACUUGUAAUAUAUUGUAAUUGAAUAUAUUUGAAUGAUAUAAUAUUUUUUUUA